AUGGACGGCUCACAGGUUCCUGCGGCUCAGCCCAUGGUUACCCAGCACUCAAAUCUCAUCCGGACCGAUCAAGUCCAGAAGCUCCCUCAUCUCACCGAGCAGCAGAAGAGUCAACACACCCAACUGGUGCGCAACUUUUGGGAGGUCCUCAAUAACCGCGACCCUCAGAGCACAGAAUAUCAGCACGCGCACUCGAGGCUUACUCAGAUAUCCCAAAGUCUGAUGAAAGGUAUGCGAGCAUUCCAACAGAACCGCCAGCUUCAGCAACAACAGCUCCAGGGACAGCCUGGCCAGCCCGGUCAGCGGCCGCAGUCGGUCAACCCUCAGACUUUCAAUCAGCUCCUACCUCAGAUCCAACAAAAAGUCAAUGGUCUGCAGUUCUCUCUUCCUCCCAAUAUUAGCCAGGAACAAGCGCAGUCAUGGCUUCCGGAGGCCAGGUUACGAUACGGCAUUGCGCUGCAGAAGCAAGAGAUCGGUAGAGCGCGCGUAGCAGAGCUACGUCAGCAGUUCAGCCAGCGCCAGGCCGCCGGAAAUAUGACCCAGGAGGAGCUACAGGAAUUCAAAAAUCGACAGCUUGCGGCAGAGAAGCUUUACCGAGAAGGAGGUGACUUCUUGACCAAGUUCAAAGAACAACAAGAAAACUUCAAGGCGCAGCAACAGAGGGCAGGCGUACAGAACGUUACAGGUCAACCACAAGGUGCCAGUGUCACACCAGCUCCCACUGUCCCUGCUGGUUCGGAUGGUCGCCCCGCAAACACACCCGUGUCAAUGCAUCCUGGACAGGCCCCGACACCUGCCCCUCAUACUAUCACUUCUGCGGUAAGUGCCGCACGAAGCCAAGCUAGCCAAACAGCUAUGUCACCGUCAGUAUCCCAACAAGGUCAAGUACCCGUUGCACAGGCGGCCCCGGUGGUCGCUCCUGCCGCUCCUGCCGCACCACCAGUCGUUCCUCCCCAAGCGCAGUCGCAGCCGCAGCCGCAGCAGCAGCAUCCACAACCGCAGCCGCAAGCCCAGUCUCAGCCAGGAGCACCUGGCUCACAGGUCACCUUCACGCAAGUACCUAACUUGGACGGCUCUACGCCUACGCCUACUACAGCUCAGCCAGUUAAUGUGCAAGGGCCCCCACGUCCCUUGUCCCAGCAAGCUGCUAUGGCUCAGGCUGCUCAAAACUAUACAAAUAACAACGCAAACAAUAACAUGGGCCAGCAGCAGAACAUGCCGCAGCCUGCGACCAACUCGCAUGCGCAUCCUCAGGGCUACAUUCCCAACAGAGCCACUGAUAACUCGGCACGAAAUAUCAAUAUGGCCAUUCCAAAAACCCUGAAUGUCCCUCCUCCGGAGCCUGUCACUAUGGCUCCAGCGCGGCCAACCCUGUCAGGUGGUCCCAGUCACGGCGCUAUGGGUAUGAUGGGUCAGCCUGCUAUUCAAAAACACCCAGGGUACGUCCUUGAAGGCGAAGGCCAGCGAGUCCUGAGUAAGAAAAUGCUUGACAUCUUGGUUCGCCAGGUGACUGGAGGAGGGGAGGGUGAGGGACUCACUCCAGAUGCUGAAGAUUUCAUCCUCCAAAUGGCCGAUGACUUCGUGGACGACGUGAUCACCGCUGCCUGCCGUCUCGCCAAACUACGUCCGUCAUCUACCCUUGAAAUCCGCGAUAUUCAGCUUGUUCUCGAACGUAACUACAACAUGCGCAUCUCUGGAUUCUCGACUGAUGAUCUUCGCACCGUCAAGAAGCCUCAGCCAACACAAGGCUGGACCCAGAAGAUGUCCGCCAUCCAAGCUGCCAAAGUGACACAAGGCAAGGCUGAAUGA